GCCGUUGUUAGUUGGGUUUUUGGACAAUGAUGUUGGUGUCGCCAUUGAACUAACUGUGUUUGUUUAAUUAAUUAAUUUGGUGCUGUGCAGCAGUGCUCAAAGUGGGUCUCUCUCCUCUCUCCCUAGCAAAUGCAGCAGCAGCUUCAACCAGCAACAGGUAGAUAAAGACAAACCCAAGAGAGAGUUGAUAGCUAAAGAUGUCUGUAGCAUUGGUAUGGAUGGUUUCCCCCAACACAAAGGUGUUGAAUUGCUUUGGGGUGUUGGAUUCAUCAAGUUUUGUUUUGGGGGAUGGAAGAGCAAAGAUGGGUAGGAAGCAGAAACGGGAUUCAUGCUGUCUGAGUAGUAGUACAGAAGUCAAGUAUUUGAGCACUUCUGGCUUACAAAGUGAAUCUAAAUUCCGCAUUUUGUCAAGCAUGGUAGCCAACCCGGCUGGAGAAAUAGAGGUGACAUCGGAACAGAAGGUUUAUGAUGUGGUGCUGAAGCAGGCAGCCUUAGUGGAGAAGCAGUUGAGGACUAGUGGAGAUGAUGUUGAUGUGAAGCCUGAUAUUAUUCUUCCAGGGAAUCUGAGCUUGUUGGGUGAAGCUUAUGACAGAUGCAGAGAAGUUUGUGCAGAGUAUGCCAAGACUUUUUACCUGGGUACUCUGCUUAUGACCCCUGAGAGAAGAAGAGCUAUCUGGGCAAUAUAUGUGUGGUGUAGAAGAACUGAUGAGCUUGUUGAUGGGCCUAAUGCCUCACACAUAACACCACAAGCUUUGGAUAGGUGGGAGUCAAGGUUGGAAGAUCUUUUCCAAGGUCGUCCAUUCGAUAUGCUUGAUGCUGCUUUAUCAGAUACAGUCACCCAAUUUCCUGUUGACAUUCAGCCAUUCAAGGAUAUGAUAGAGGGAAUGAGAAUGGACCUUAGGAAAUCAAUAUACACGAACUUUGAUGAACUAUACCUCUACUGUUAUUAUGUUGCCGGGACUGUUGGACUAAUGAGUGUUCCAGUCAUGGGCAUUGCACCUGAUUCGCAAGCAACUACAGAGUCUGUAUAUAAUGCUGCCUUAGCAUUGGGGAUUGCGAAUCAGCUAACUAACAUACUAAGGGAUGUUGGAGAAGAUGCAAGGAGAGGACGCAUUUAUUUACCACAGGAUGAGCUGGCACAAGCUGGACUUUCUGAUACUGACAUAUAUGCUGGAAAGGUCACAGAUAAAUGGAGGAGUUUCAUGCAGAGUCAGAUUAAGAGAGCAAGGAUGUUCUUUGAUGAGGCAGAGAAAGGAGUCAUGGAGCUCAGUGAAGCCAGCAGAUGGCCGGUAUUGGCGUCCCUACUUUUGUAUCGCCAAAUAUUAGAUGAGAUAGAAGCUAAUGACUACAACAACUUCACAAAAAGGGCUUAUGUAAGCAAAGCUAAGAAAUUACUUGCUUUGCCUAUGGCAUAUACUAAAUCCCUGAUUCUGCCAUCAAGAACACUCGAAAUAAAUCGAGCCUAGACCACUGAAUCUUCAACAUCACUAUUGUAUUGUUGGUAAUUUUGUAUAUAGAUGGAAAAGAAGAGUUAGUUUGUAUAUUAUGAUCUGUAUAAUUGCAGCAAGUAACGAUUGUUAUGCUGCUUCUAACUUUUGUGAUU